UAUGGCUGCCUCCUUUGCGGUGUAAGAACGUUGAAUGCACCUGAAGCGUAAUGGAAAGUUCGAGACAUAAAUCCUCGGAGAGGUCUAGACACAAACACCGGUCACGAUCGAGUUCUCGGUCACGACAUCGGAGUCGACAUAAGAAAGGGAAGCAUCGGUCACCUACACCGCCUAAGAAAUCGAAGGAUAAGAAGCGCUCACGGCGCAGCCGCAGUGACGAGCGUGGGAGCCGUAAGCACAGCCGACACAGUGAUCGACGACGAUCUUCGAGCGGGAGCAGUACGUCGAGCCUGUCGAGCAGCAGAGAGGACAACUCCAGGAAGAGCGCGGUCAUGCCCCUCAUCGAGGAACUGGAGAAGGAGCGGCAACGCCUCAAGAUUGAAAAAAAGAAAGCUAAGGAAGCAAUGAAAGCAACUGAAACGCCUGAACAGAAGCGCUUGCGCCGACUUGCUAAAAAGGAGGCCAAAGAGCGUAAGCGAAAAGCAGAAAUGGGCUGGGAUGAAGAAUACCUGGGCUACACAAACACUGACAAUCCCUUUGGCGAUGCCAACCUGCUCAAAUCAUUCAAGUGGGAGAAGAAGUACGAGCGAGAGGGGCUCAAACACGUUUCCGAGGAAGAGAUUGAGCGCAGGAAUCGCCUUAAACUGGAAGAGAACAGGCGAGAGCUGGAGAAAGUGAAGCAGAGGCGCCUGGAGCGGGAGAGGGAGCAGGAGGAGCGUGAGGAGGAGAUGACACGCAUCCAGCGAGACAAGGAGGCUGCUCAGUUUCAAGAGUGGGAGAAGCAAGAAGACAAUUUUCAUCUGCAGCAAGCCAUCCUGAGGUCCAAGAUACGUAUUGAAGAUGGGAGAGCUAAGCCCAUCGAUUUGCUGGCCCGCUACAUCAGCGCUGAGGGGGAGGAUUUUGGCGUGGAGAUGCUUGAGCCUUAUAUCUACCUAAAUGGUCUGACCAUGGAGGACUUGGAAGACCUCCAGGAGGACAUCAAGGUGUACAUGGAGCUGGAGAACAGCCGCAACCUGAGCUACUGGCGUGACGUUCAGAUAAUAGUCGAGGAAGAACUGCGCAAGCUCCGGCGUCUGGAUGGCUCAUCUGUGGAUGCUCAAGUCGUCGAGCGGCGAGAAGGCAUCAAUGCAGCGGUCAGCCAGGAUGUGGUGGAGGUGUUCAAGGGCAAGACCCCGGGCCAGCUUCAGGCUCUUUACCAGCAGAUUGAGCAGCGCAUCCGUGCCAAAGAGGAAGGCCUGGAUGUCCCCUACUGGGAGACGCUCCUGUCCCGUUUAAAGGCUUACAUGGCACGAGCACGGCUACGUGAACGCCACCAAGAGAACCUGAGGCGCAAACUGUUCCAGCUUAAACAAGAGCAAGGAGUGGAAAGUGAGCCACUCUUCCCGUGUGUCAAGGCCGAGCCAGAGGAAGGCAAGUCGGAGUCUGCUGCUGAGCCACAGCCCAGCACGUCUACGCAGGAGAGCAGCACAUCGGUGAAGGAGGAGGAGCAUGAAGAUGCUGGGGAUUCCGAGGAAGAGCAGCCUGCAGAGGAACCUGUACCCGAGGAUCCGCUGGUCAAAUGUGAAGAAGAGUAUCGGGCAGGAGGCUACAGUCCUCGGCUGAUGCUACCUGAUGAGGUCGAACCAGGCACACUGUUUAUCGAUGGUGACGAGGAUGAGCAGCGCCUGGAGUUUUCCCGACAACAGCUGCUGGGCACUGGGCGUAUCCAGAAUUUAGGUGGGACAGAGGCCGAGCAAGCGUUCGAGCAAGAGGCCCGGCGAGGCAUGAAUACGGAUGAGGCUUCAUUCAGCGUGGAGUCGCCCCUCCAGGACAAGACGUACCUCUGGUCAGACAAGUACCGGCCACGCAAGCCCCGUUACUUCAACCGUGUUCACACGGGCUUCGAGUGGAACAAGUACAACCAGACUCACUAUGACAUGGACAACCCGCCUCCAAAGAUUGUCCAGGGCUACAAGUUCAAUAUUUUCUACCCUGACUUGAUAGACAAGAACCAGACACCGGAAUACUUUUUGACUCCCAUUGAAGGCAACAAAGACUUUUCCAUUCUACGGUUCCAUGCAGGACCCCCAUAUGAGGACAUAGCCUUCAAGAUUGUUAACCGUGAAUGGGAGUACUCAUACAAACGUGGAUUUCGCUGCCAAUUCCACAACAACAUAUUUCAGUUGUGGUUUCACUUCAAGCGUUAUCGUUAUCGACGAUGAUAGGCCACCACAUCAGAAUAAUUUGCUUUUGUCCAUAAAAUUGUGUAAAUAUAUUACGAACACUCGCCUGUCUCUCAGUGAUCAUGUAAUAAACACAAAAAUGUAUUUUACUGUAAA